AUGACGCACGACAAGUCUCAAAUCCUUGCAGGAAAGGUUGCCAUUGUCACGGGUGCUUCUCGUGGCAUCGGACGCGGCAUUGCCGAGCAUCUGGGUGCUCAUGGUGCGGCGGUGAUUGUCAAUUAUUCCGUCAAUGCGGACGCCGCGAACGAAGUCGUGACUGCGAUUACCAAGGCUGGCGGUCGCGCCACUGCUGUUCAAGCUACAAUUGGAGAUGACACCUCUCAGGGCGAAAAGCUCGUUCAAGCGGCUGUCGAUCUCUAUGGCGGUCUGGACAUUGUUGUGAACAACGCUGGUAUCUUUGUCGGUGGAGGCCUGAGUGCUGCCGUCACGGUGGCGGACUUUGAUCGCUCGUUUGCAGUCAACUCGAAGGGUCCGUUCUUUUUGCUGCAAGCUGCAGCAAAGGUGAUUCGCAACAACGGUCGCAUCAUCAAUGUGGGCACUGCGGCGGUUAGUUUUGGCGCCCUGAAAGGAUUCGGCGUGUACGUUCCCUCGAAGGCGGUGAUUCACGAAUACACGAAACUGUUUGCUGCGGAGCUUGCCGAACGCGGCGUCACUGUCAACACUGUCCUUCCCGGUUACACUGCAACUGACAUGCUUCCGGGAGCAUUGGAAGAGCAGGGCAAGCAGGCCAGUCUUUUCAAGCGACUCGGAACUUCGGGCGACAUUGCCGAUCUUGUUGACUUCCUUGCUGGGCCUACUAGCGGCUGGAUUACCGCCCAAAGUCUGCAUGCUUCCGGCGGUGCCUCGUUCUCCCACUAG